CAGAAGUGGCACUCACCCGGAGACGGCCACACUAAGAUUUUCCCUGUGUAUACCCAGAAUUUUGUGGCAGCGGCUUUUCGCUGGCAACAAUUUUUCCGCUGUAAAAUUAACAAUUAACAAAUCGCAGAAAGAAGCUUAAUUAAGCUGGUGAGAGCCAUGGAUUUUCUAAGCAUCGACUAGCAGAUCUACUGACUUGCUGAGCGGUCGAAUCAGCCGGUUACCUAUGGGAAAGAAAAAGACCGACGCCCGUGACACAGAUGCCUCAACCACCCCGCUGACCACAGACAACUCUACGUCCGAAUCGGAAUCAGACUCUGGUUCCAGUGUCAAGGCAAAACGAAAAUCAAAGCCCCGGGCGAAAAAUAAUGUCAAACGGCCGAGAAUUAUCACCAGCAGCUCCAGCUCCGAUACCGAGCGAGCAGUAGCCGCGUCCACAGCUAGUUCCGUGGAAGACGCAGAUCAAAAACCCGCCCCUAAGAUUCGUAUUGUGCCGCUGGCACAGCUGCUGGCCAGUCCUAAGACCAAGAAGAGGAGUAACAUCAAGGAGAAUCCGACGUUGGUGGACCAGGAGUCCAGCAAAUCGGGCCAAUUUCGCAUUAGGCCGCUGGAACAGCUGCUGGCCACUCCACCUGACCAGUCGAACAUUCGACCACUCCAAAGGCUUCUAAGCAGUCCCACCAACCAGUUGCCCAGAACUCGGGAAAGGGAGGACAAGCCGCAGGAGUCGCGUUCUGUGUUGCCACCACGCAGAAGUCGGAACAAGAACGUUUCCAUUAUCGAGUUAAGUACCAGUGAAGAGGAAGAGGAUCUGUUGGAUAAACCGCCUCCUAAAGAAGUAGAAAAAAAUAAAGCAGAAAAAUCCUCGAAAGCGAGCUCUCCACCAGCAAAGACACCUGAGAGCAGGACUGUAUCAUCCAGCGAGAACGAGGAAAAUCUUCUGAUUCCACUGGUCAAAAAUAAGAGGGAAAAACAACAGAAGAAGGAACAACUGUUGGAUAAACCGAGCCCGCCACCAGCAAAGAGUCCUGAAAGCAGGACAAUCUCAUCCAGCGAGGGUGAGGAAAAUCUUCUGAUUCCACUCGUCGAAAAGAAGAAGGAAAAACAACAGAAGAAACAACUGUUGGAUAAACCGUCGCUUAAAGAAGUAGAAAAAAAGAAAUCAGACAAAUCCUCCAAAGCGAGCUCUCCACCAGCAAAGAGUCCUGAAAGCAGGACAAUCUCAUCCAGCGAGGACGAGGGAAAUCUUCUGAUUCCACUGGUCAAAAAUAAGAGUGACAAACAACAGAAGGAACAACCGUCGCUUAAAGAAGUAGAAAAAAAGAAAGCAGACAAAUCCUCCAAAGCGAGCUCUCCACCAGCAAAGAGUCCUGAAAGCAGGACAGGGUCAACCAGCGAGGACGAGGAAAAUCUUCUAGUUCCACUGGUCAAAAAGAAGAAAGAAAAACAACAACAGAAGGAGCAACAGUCGCUUAAAGAAGUAGAAAAAAAGAAAUCAGACAAAUCCUCCAAAGCGAGAUCUUCACCAGCAAAGAGACCUGAAAGCAGGACAGUCUCAUCUAGCGAGGACGAGGAAAAUCUUCUGAUUCCACUGGUCAAAAAGAAUAAAGAAAAACAACAGAAGAAGGAACCACUAAAGAACGGUAACAGCAAGCGGAAAAGGGAGCGCAAGAAGUCCACAAGCAGCGAUAGAUCGCGCCAAACCAGCUCGUCUCGCUCUGAUACUCCUGUUAGCAAGGCAUCCUCAAAGGCCAGGGAAUCGCCAGUCAACGGAAAGUCCUCGAAAGCCAGCUGUUCGCGAGCUGUCGCACCGCCUAAAAUCAAGCGCUGUGUGGUGCGCUUGAAGCGUGUCACCUUGCCAAACAAACCAAAUCCCGCCCAAAAGAAGCAUAAAAUGAGCACAGAUUCCGAGGAGGCGGCCACCACCUCCAAGAAGAGUCGUCAGCGGCGAUCCAAAAGCGAAAGCGAACCGGACUCUGAUUUUGAGGCACUAAUAGAGCAGGUAGAGUCCGAGGAGGAGGAGGAAAAGAAGUCAAGCGAGGAUGAGGCGGCUGAGGAGGAGGCGCACAGUAGCGACAGCGAGGUGAUACCGCAGCGCAAGAGGCGCAAGGCCAAAAGCGACUCCGACAAGGGUUCCUCCGACUUUGAACCGGAUGAAAAGACUUCAAAGAAGAAGCGCAAGCGCAUCAAGAAGAACUCCAGCGGGGAGAGUGAAGAUGGCGACGAUGAGAAGCAGAAGAACAAACGCAAGCACAUCCGAAAGAUCAUCAAGGCAAAGGAUCUGGAUGUGACCACCAAGGAGGCGGCCAAAGAGGAGGACGACAGGAAGAAACGCAUUGAGGAGCGCCAGAAGUUGUACAAUCGAAUCUUUGAAAAAUCUGAGAGCGUUGAGAUUAACGAACUGGUUCUGGACUUUGACGAGGAGUCUAAAAAGGCUCUGCUGCAGGUGGACAAGGGACUGGUGAAGAAGCUAAAGCCCCAUCAGAUGGCGGGCGUCAAGUUUAUGUGGGAUGCCUGCUUCGAGACGCUGAAGGACGCCGAAGAGAAACCCGGCUCAGGUUGCAUCUUGGCCCACUGUAUGGGUUUGGGCAAAACCCUACAGGUGGUUACCUUAUCGCACACGCUACUGGUAAACUCAAGUCGUACGGGUGUUGACCGCGUCCUGGUUAUCUCACCGCUAAGCACGGUGAAUAAUUGGGCCCGGGAGUUUCAUCAGUGGAUGAAGUUUGCCAACCGCAAGGACAUCGAGGUGUAUGACAUCUCGCGCUACAAGGACAAGCCGACGCGCAUCUUUAAGCUUAACGAAUGGUUUAACGAGGGCGGCGUCUGCAUCCUCGGCUACGACAUGUACCGUAUCCUCUCAAACGAAAAGGCCAAGGGCUUACGCAAGAAGCAGCGCGAGCAGCUACAGCAGGCCCUGGCUGACCCCGGACCGGAUCUGGUGGUCUGUGACGAGGGACAUCUGCUCAAGAACGAGAAGACCUCGAUUAGCAAGGCGGUCACCCGGAUGCGCACCAAGCGUCGGGUUGUCCUCACCGGCACCCCGCUACAAAAUAAUCUCAGAGAAUAUUACUGCAUGAUUCAGUUUGUGAAACCGAAUCUGUUGGGCACUUACAAGGAGUACAUGAAUCGCUUCGUAAAUCCCAUCAGCAACGGCCAGUAUACGGACUCCACGGAGCGGGAUCUACGCCUGAUGAAGCACCGCUCGCACAUCCUGCACAAGCUGCUUGAGGGCUGCAUACAGCGCAGGGAUUACUCAGUUCUUGCACCCUAUUUGCCUCCAAAGCACGAGUAUGUGGUAUACACGACGCUGUCCGAGCUUCAGCAGAAGCUUUAUGGUUACUAUAUGACCACGCACCGGGAGCAGAGCAGCUCCGACAUCUGUGGCAAGGGAGCGCGGUUAUUCCAGGACUUUCAGGAUCUACGACGCAUCUGGACGCACCCGAUGAACCUGCGGGUAAAUAGCGAUAAUGUGAUUGCUAAGCGUCUGCUCAGCAACGAUGACUCGGAUAUAGACGGCUUCAUCUGCGACGAGACCGAUGAGGAGGAAGCCGCCUCUAACUCGUCAGACAGUUGUGACUCCUUCAAGUCGGACGCGAGCAUCGGAUUGGCAGCGGGCUCUGGCAAGGCGAAAAAGCGAAAAACUCGCAAUGGUAACAAUAACGCUGGCAACGCUGACAGCGAUUCCGAUGUAGAGUUGCUGAGCGGAUUACCAAGUGGAGCCAAUGCCCAGAAGGAUGAUCCCUCCGAGUGGUGGAAGCCGUUCGUCGAGGAGCGAGAGCUGAACAAUGUGCACCAUUCCCCCAAGCUUCUGAUUCUACUGCGACUGCUGCAGGAGUGCGAGGCCAUUGGCGACAAGCUGCUAGUUUUCUCGCAAUCCUUGCAGUCGCUGGACGUCAUUGAGCACUUCCUGUCGCUGGUGGACAGCAACACAAAGAACUACGAGUUUGAAGGUGACGUUGGUGACUUCAAGGGCUGCUGGACGAACGGCAAGGACUACUUCCGGCUGGACGGCAGCUGUAGUGUUGAGCAGCGCGAGGCUAUGUGCAAGCAAUUCAACAAUAUAACCAAUUUGCGAGCCCGCCUCUUUCUCAUCUCCACGCGAGCCGGUGGCCUGGGCAUCAAUCUGGUGGCAGCCAAUAGAGUGGUCAUCUUCGAUGUCUCCUGGAAUCCCUCACACGACACCCAAAGCAUAUUCCGAGUGUACCGCUUUGGGCAGAUCAAGCCGUGCUACAUCUACCGCCUUAUAGCCAUGGGCACCAUGGAGCAAAAGGUUUACGAACGACAGGUGGCCAAGCAGGCCACGGCCAAGCGAGUGAUCGACGAGCAGCAGAUCUCGCGGCACUACAACCAAACCGACCUGAUGGAGCUGUACUCGUACGAGCUGAAACCGAGCGCAGAGCGUGAGAUGCCGAUUCUGCCCAAAGAUCGGUUGUUUGCCGAGAUUCUCACUGAGCACGACAAGUUGAUCUUUAAGUACCACGAGCACGACUCACUGCUGGAACAGGAGGAGCACGAGAAUCUGACAGAGGAAGAGCGCAAAUCUGCUUGGGCCGAGUACGAGGCAGAGAAGACGCGCACCGUGCAGGCGUCGCAGUACAUGAGUUACGAUAGGAAUGCCUUUGGCAAUCAGGUUAUGGGACAGUUUGGAAACGCCUCCGGCAGUGUAACAUCCAACAAGAUCUUUGGCUUCCGCUCGGACAUCCUGCUGCAGUUGCUGAACAUGAAGAUAUCCAAAGAUCAUCAGGAACUCACCCAAAACCAGGUCAUCCAGCUGGUGCCCACGUAUUUGCAGCAGCUGUACAAUGAGAUGAACAACGGCGAUCCAACCAUGUAUAAGGACCUGCUCGAAAUGCACCAUAACAUCAGGCAUCCCAGCGGGAUGUACAUGAAUCCCCUGCUCUACGCCAACCAGCAGUCCUCGUCGGCUGGCUAUAAUCAGGGCAGUGGCGGUAUGCCGACUGGAUCGGCACCAACUGGAGCACCUGCUCCUGGUUUCGAGCCGGACACGGUAUACGAGAUCGACUAAGAACCGAUGGCCAGGUGGUUACUCUUUAAUUUAAUAGUAGGUAAUUCGCGUCGACCUUGUCGACUUUUCCUUUUGGACUUACAAGUUACAAUUGUGGUUUUUCCUAUCUAAUUAAUUACCAAUUACUAUUUUACCCGUAAA